CACCCACUGUCCGGUCUUUGACCUUUGGCCCUUUGUCUGUUCGAGGUGAUUAUGUCCUUUUGCGGGAGCUGCCAUAUCGCGUAAGGGAAGAAGCAACACGUGCGAGUUUAUCUGGAGCACAUUGGGCUUUGGGACUGGACCGGACUGGACCCUGUUUUAUCCUCGUGUCCUCCCGAUUGCUUACUGGCCCGCCGCUGCCAGGUACCUCCCACUCCAAGGAAGCAAAAAAUAACGAGGCUGUGCAUGCCUAGGUUUAGCACACGACGGAAUUGGCCAGCACAUACCCACCGUGCCACCAUCCCUGAACGCAACCGUCACGUCAAGUCUCAGCGUCCAGCCCACCCACGCUGGUCGUUGCUGAUUUUCGCGACAAGAAAAAAACCACGCUCCCAACACAGUUGAGCUUCAUCCACGGCACCACACGCUCUACAUCACCAACCAACAACCCGGCACGCCUUUCCGCAUGUUGUCACGCCGUCCGUCAUAAACAGCCCGACUUGACAACGAGGGGACCUCGACAUCCUCUGCCCACCUUGCCCGCCUUGCCCAGUCGGGGCUGAAACUGAAGCGCCGGAAGCGGCACAUCGGCCACUAUGGCUGGUCAACCACCGGCCGGCCGGCCCGGUGCCGCAAGACCGAACGACGACCUCCUACUCGACCUCGACAACGACCAGCCCGUCUACGGCGGCGGCCAGCGAUCCGACAUCAACGACGACGACCUUCUGCGCUUCCAUAACCAGGACCCCACGCAGGGCCGCCCGUCCAUCUCGUACGACGACUUUGUUGGAGCCGGCGGCCAGGGUGCCCACGCCAGCACCUCGCCUCUGUCGGCAAGACGCCCGUCGGCGCCCGGAGGAGGCCCGUCUGCGCCGGCCGCGCCCGAGUCGGGACCGUAUACGUCCAACACGGGCCGGAACCGCAACUACAGCCAGACGUCGGACCUGAACAACUACCAGAGAUACGCCGACGACUUGGAUGACUACCAGGAGGAGGCGCACUCGUACUACCAGCACGGUGGCAAUGGACCCGCAGACGCCCGGGCGAACCCAAAUCGUGACGACGCACGUCAGAGGAACAGCGUCUUGAGUUUGGGCGGCGGCAUGCUAGGCCGCGCUAAGAAUAUGUUUGGCAUGGGAGGGCAGGCCGGCUACUCAGAAAUGGACCUUCCCUUGACGGAGCCGGGAGGACAACAAAGGGCCAACAUGGGCGGCGGCGAUCGAGGCCAGCAACCGCACGAUCAGGGACAGCAGCAGAGCAAGGGAAAGAAGUUCGACAUGGGCAACUUCAAGUUCGGCUUCGGCCGCUCCAAGCCGGAUCCCUCGACCCUGGGCCCACGCAUCAUCCACCUCAACAACCCCCCCGCCAACGCGCCUAGCAAGUUCAUCGACAACCACGUGUCGACGGCAAAGUACAACGUCGCCACCUUUCUGCCCAAGUUCCUCUACGAGCAGUUCUCGAAAUUUGCAAACAUCUUCUUCCUCUUCACUGCCAUGCUGCAGCAGAUCCCGGACCUAUCCCCCACCAACAAGUACACCACAAUCGGCCCGCUCAUCGUUGUGCUCAUGGUCUCGGCCGGCAAGGAGAUGGUGGAGGACUACCGACGAAAGCAGGCCGACAAGGCCCUCAACGUGUCCAAGGCCAGGGUGCUGAGAGGCUCGACGUUCGAGGAGACCAAGUGGAUCAACGUUUCCGUAGGCGACAUCGUCCGCGUCGAAUCCGAGGAGCCCUUCCCGGCCGACAUUGUGCUCCUGGCCAGCUCAGAGCCCGAGGGCCUGUGUUACAUCGAGACGGCGAACCUGGACGGCGAGACGAACCUCAAGAUCAAGCAGGGCAUCCCCGAGACGUCGGGCCUGAUGAGCUCCAGCGAGCUGAGCAGGCUCGGCGGCAGGAUCCGGUCCGAGCAGCCCAACAGCAGCCUGUACACGUACGAGGCGACCCUGACCAUGCAGGCCGGCGGCGGCGAGAAGGAGCUGUCGCUGAACCCCGAGCAGCUGCUGCUGCGAGGCGCCACCCUCCGCAACACCCCCUGGAUCCACGGCGCAGUCGUCUUCACCGGCCACGAGACCAAGCUCAUGCGCAACGCCACGGCGACGCCCAUCAAGCGGACAAAGGUUGAGCGCCAGCUCAACGUUGCCGUCAUGGGCCUGGUUGGCAUCCUCCUCAUCCUGUCGGUGGUGUGUACCGUUGGCGAUCUUGUCACGCGCAAGGUCUUUGAUGGCCAGCUCAGCUACCUGUUUCUCCCCUCGGCCGUGGACGCGCUCGAGGUCUUCAAGGUGAUCCUUAGGGACAUGGUCACCUACUGGGUCCUCUUCUCCGCCCUCGUUCCCAUCUCGCUCUUUGUCACGCUCGAGGUGGUCAAGUACUGGCACGGCAUCCUCAUCAACGACGACCUCGACAUCUACCACGACAAGACGGACACGCCUGCCAACUGCCGCACGUCCAGCCUGGUCGAGGAGCUCGGCAUGGUCGAGUACGUCUUCUCUGACAAGACGGGAACCCUGACGUGCAACAUGAUGGAAUUCAAGCAGUGCACCAUCGCCGGCAUCAUGUACGGAGAGGACAUAGCCGAGGACCGCCGCGCCACGGUGCAGGACGGCAUGGAGGUUGGGGUACACGACUUCAAGCAGCUGAGCCAGAACCUCAAGUCGCACAAGACGGCCCCGGCCAUUGAGCAUUUUUUGGCGCUGCUGGCGACCUGCCACACCGUCAUCCCCGAGCGCGACGAGAAGACAGGCAAGAUCAAGUACCAGGCGGCCUCGCCGGACGAGGGCGCGCUCGUGCAGGGCGCGGCCGAUCUGGGCUUCAAGUUCACGGCGCGGAAGCCCCGCGUGGUCAUCAUCGAGGUCGAAGGCCGGGAGCUGGCGUACGAGCUGCUGGCCGUGUGCGAGUUCAACUCGACGAGGAAGCGCAUGUCGGCCAUCUACCGCUGCCCCGACGGCAAGAUCCGGAUCUACUGCAAGGGCGCCGACACGGUGAUCCUGGAGCGGCUCAACGAGAGCAACCCGCACGUCGAGGUGACGCUCCAGCACCUGGAGGAGUACGCCUCGGAGGGCCUGAGGACGCUCUGCCUGUCCAUGCGCGAGAUCCCCGAGCACGAGUUCCAGGACUGGCUCGCUGUGUUUGAAAAGGCGCAGACGACCGUGUCUGGAAACCGGGCCGAGGAGCUGGACAAGGCGGCCGAGCUCAUCGAGCACGACUUUUACCUUCUUGGCGCGACGGCCAUCGAAGACAAGCUCCAGGACGGCGUGCCCGAGACGAUCCACACGAUGCAGAACGCCGGGAUCAAGGUCUGGGUGCUGACGGGCGACCGGCAGGAGACGGCCAUCAACAUCGGCAUGAGCUGCAAGCUGCUGAGCGAGGACAUGACGCUUCUGAUUGUGAACGAGGAGACGGCGACGGCGACUCGCGACAACAUCCAGAAGAAGCUCGACGCGAUCCGGACGCAGGCCCACGGGACCAUCGAGCUGGAGACGCUGGCGCUCGUCAUCGACGGCAAGUCCCUGACGUACGCUCUGGAGCCCGAGCUCGACCGCAUGUUCCUGGACCUGGCCGUCAUGUGCAAGGCGGUCAUCUGCUGCCGCGUCUCGCCGCUGCAGAAGGCGCUGGUGGUCAAGCUGGUCAAGAAGUAUCAGAAGGAGUCGAUCCUGCUCGCCAUCGGCGACGGCGCCAACGACGUGGCCAUGAUCCAGGCGGCGCACAUCGGCAUCGGCAUCAGCGGCAUGGAGGGUCUGCAGGCGGCGCGCAGCGCCGACGUGUCGAUCGCGCAGUUCCGGUUCCUGCGCAAGCUGCUGCUGGUGCACGGCGCCUGGAGCUACCAGCGCGUCAGCAAGGCCAUCCUCUUCUCCUUCUACAAGAACAUCACGCUCUACAUGACGCAGUUCUGGUACACCUUUAUGAACGUCUUUUCGGGCCAAAUCAUCUACGAGUCGUGGACGCUGUCCUUCUACAACGUGCUCUUCACGGUGCUGCCGCCGCUGGCGCUGGGCAUCCUGGACCAGUACGUGUCGGCCGGGCUGCUGGACAAGUACCCGCAGCUGUACUGCACGGGGCAGCAGAACCGCGCCUUCAAGUUCAAGAACUUUGCCCAGUGGAUCGCGACGGCCAUGUACCACUCGCUCGCGUUGUACAUUGGCGGCGUGGUGUUCUGGUACUACGACCUGAUCCUCAACGACGGCAAGAUCGCGGGCAAGUGGGUGUGGGGAACGGCCCUGUACGGCGCCGUGCUCGUGACGGUGCUGGGCAAGGCGGCCCUCAUCACCAGCAACUGGACAAAGUACCACGUCAUCUCCAUCCCGGGCUCCUUCGCCAUCUGGGUCGUCUUCAUCGUCUGCUACGCCAGCCUGUUCCCGCAGUUUGGCAUCUCCAGCGAGUACUUUGGCCUCGUGCCGCACCUCUUCUCCAGCUCCGUCUUCUGGAUCCAGCUCCUUGUCCUGCCCGCCUUCUGCCUCGCCCGCGACCUUGCCUGGAAGUACGCCAAGCGCAUGUACCGGCCCGAGGCGUACCACCACAUCCAGGAGAUCCAGAAGUACAACAUUCAGGACUACAGGCCUCGCAUGGACCAGUUCCAAAAGGCCAUUCGCAAGGUCCGCCAAGUCCAGCGCAUGCGCAAGCAGCGCGGCUACGCCUUCUCGGCGGCGGACGAGUCGCAGACGCGCGUGCUGCAAGCAUACGACACCACUCAACAGCGUGGCCGGUACGGCGAGAUGAUAUCCUCCAAGGGGAGGUGAUUAUGAAGUUGGACGACGACGGUAGUGACCGUAAUGACUUGGUAUUCUUUUUGGGUUUUGGGUUUUGUUGGUGCUUGUUCAUUGUCUAAAUUAGCAUUCCUAUUCCUCGAACCCUUCCCUCACCCCCAGGCCCCCUUUAUCCAUUUGCUCUUGGGUGUUUCCGGCGAUAGCUAAGGGGCGGACGGAGGAACUCUUUGUGGCGAGGUCGGCCUGGUUUUUAUUUGAUUUGAUUUGUUUUUGGUUUUGGUGUUUUGUUUCCUGUGUCGGUCGUCUUGGAGCCUAUCAUGCCCUAUCUGAGUCGGUCCGAAAUCACGUAUGAGUCCAGAUGGCAAAGUGCCCAAGGAGAAGCAAGACGAAUAUCCGCAUCCACUUUCCAUGUCCGGCAUCUUCCACCCGCAGCGCAGCUAGCCAUGUACGAGCCAUUCCUUGUAUGAUACAUAGCACAUGCUCCCUCCAUCGCUUUGGAGGUCUUGCUUAUUCCCAUGGGUAUUCCCGGGGCAGUCCACUUGAAACUGCCGUGUCAAUGCUGGGCAACGGGUGGACGGGCGGAUCGCCACUACGGGGGAGCAACAACGGCGAACAAAGCAACACUGGGAGGGCCGGCGGAAGGCCCGCGUGGGGGCCAGACAGCCAACAACAGAUGUCAAGACUAUAUUUGUUUAUGUACUACAUACUCUUUGGGGAGGGGUUCAUUGAGCCUGUGCGUUUUGAUACCACCCUCUUGCCGCUUUUUUUUUUUUUCUCUUUUCGGGAAGCCGUUUCUGGAUUUCGACGUUCCAAGAAUCAGGACCUUGACGGUCCACCAGGGACCGUGGUUACGUAGUUUCCUGUUCC